UUUCUUGCUUGAAAUCAGGAAGUAAAAGCAGAUAGUGGGCAGAAAGACCAUUUUCCAGCCUAACAGUGAGGAAGGGAUAUCAGAUCAUCAGAUAGAGCCGUUGAACAUAAAGAUGCCUGUGGAGGAACGUGCUUACAAAAAGAACGGAGAGCCCAAAAAAUUUGACCCAGACUUCAAAGGGCCCAUCCAAAACAGAGGAUGCACAGACAUUGUUUGCUGUAUCUUCUUCAUCGUGGCCAUAGUGGGCUACGUUGCAGUGGGAAUACUGGAAUGGAAUUUCGGUGACCCGAGGAAGGUGAUCUAUCCCACAGACAGCAUGGGACAGUACUGUGGCCAGGGAACACUGGAGAAGAAGCCCUUGUUGUUCUACUUUAACAUGAUGAAGUGUGCCAGUCCCAUGGUCCUCUUAGAGUUCCAGUGUCCCACACCUCAGGUGUGUGUAGAAAAAUGUCCUAAUCGCACUAUGACUCUGGUAACCGCCAUUGGAGACAAACAAGACUGGGAAUAUUACAGAAGCUUUUGCAGAGAAGACCCAGGGGUGAAGAAGUCAGUGCCGCAAAUUCUGCAAGAAAAACUGUGCCCUGCAUAUCUGAUUUCCAGCAAACCAUUUUUGCAGCGAUGUUUUCCAUCUCUGGGCAAAAAGGGUGAAGUCAUCACAGUGGGCGAUCAAGAAACAUUUAAUGAUGGGGAGAAAAUAAGAGACGCUAAAGACCUGGUGGCUGGAAUGAAGAACGCAACAGUAGUCAUGGAGGGUCGUCAAGUUGCAAUGAAGAUCUUUGAGGAUUACACAAAGUCUUGGUACUGGAUCCUAAUUUGUUUGCUGAUUGCUGUGGUGCUGAGUCUGAUCUUCAUCGUUCUUCUACGUUAUCUGGCUGGAAUCAUGGUCUGGGUCAUGAUCGUCAUGGUCAUCGCUGUCGUUGCCUAUGGUAUUGUUCACUGCAGCGUGAAGUAUGUCAGUCUGAAGGACACACCUGGUGCUAAUAUCACGCUACAGCAGCUGGGCUUCCAGCCUGAUUUCUCUGUGUACCUGCACAUCAGACAGACCUGGCUGGCCUUCAUUAUCAUCUUGGCUAUUUUGGAGUUCAUCAUCAUCAUUCUCCUCAUCUUCCUCAGAAACCGAAUUCGGAUCGCUGUUGAGCUCAUGAAGGAGGCCAGCAGGGCUGUCGGUUAUGUGAUGUCAUCGCUGUUCUACCCUAUUUUUACCUUCUUCCUCCUGACCAUAGUCAUCGCGUACUGGGGCGUCACUGCAGUUUUCCUCUCUACAUCCAGUGAACCGGUUUAUAAGGUUUUCAAUGAAACCGUUUGUCCACAUGCAAGGGAAACCUGCAUCCCUGAGAACUUCACUCUUUCUAAAAUGAAGACAGACUGUCCGCAGUCUGAGUGCCUGUUUGCUUUCUAUGGUGGGGAAACGCCAUAUCACAAAUACCUGAUCUUCCUUCAGUUCUACAACGUCUUCCUGUUCUUCUGGUGUGCGAACUUUGUCACUGCUCUGGGUCAGAUGACUCUGGCAGGAGCGUUUGCAUCCUACUACUGGGCUCCUAAUAAAACCAAAGACAUGCCCGCUUUCCCGCUGUGUGCCUCUCUGGGCAGAUCCCUCAGAUAUCACACAGGCUCUCUGGCGUUCGGUUCUCUCAUCCUCGCCAUCGUCCAGAUUAUCAGGGUUCUGCUGGAGUAUAUUGACCACAAACUCAAGGGAGCACAGAAUAAAUUUGCCAAGUUCUUGUUGUGCUGUAUGAAAUGCUGCUUCUGGUGCCUGGAGAAGUUCAUCAAGUUCCUGAACAGGAACGCCUACAUUAUGGUGGCCAUAUAUGGUAAAAACUUCUGCCGAUCAGCAUGUGAUGCCUUCUUCCUCCUCAUGAGAAAUGUAAUUAGGGUGGUAGUCUUGGAUAAGGUCACCGAUUUCAUCUUAUUCCUUGGAAAACUCCUCAUUGUCGGGCUUGUGGGGAUCUUCGCUUUCUUCUUCUUCUCGGGACAUACGGAUGCGUUUAAGGGCACCGCACCCAGUCUCCAUUACUACUGGGUUCCUAUUUUGACUGUGUUGGUGGGCUCCUACUUCAUUGCACAUGGGUUUUUCAGUGUUUACGCCAUGUGUGUGGACACACUCUUCCUCUGCUUCUUGGAGGACCUGGAGAGGAACGAUGGCAGCCCAGAACGACCCUAUCUGAUGUCUGAGAAACUUCUCAAUGUUUUGAAGAAGAAGAACCAGGCCAACUAGUCCUCGCUGACGGUCAGGGUUACAUGUAUGUGCCUCGGCAGCACCUUGAGAAAUCGUUUUCAUUGCUGUAUUUAUCAUGCCUUGGAGAACCAGGCAAACAUGUUAAUUAUGAAACACAUCCAAGUGUUUGACCUCAGCCAUAUGCAGAAAGUUUACUUUAGAAUGAGGGCAAAUUACACCUCUGCUUUCCCCACAGAGGUUUUAGAUGUAUUAUUUAAAUGUCAAAAAGCUUUUGCAAUAACUGCCAAAUGUUUUAAUGAAUAGAUACUUUACAGAAUAACUGAAAUGUCUCGGCCUAGACAGUUUGAUUUGCAUUUUUCAUAGUCUUUAUAUUUAUGGGUUUUAUAUGUAAACACAAUGCAGUGUUGUUCAUUGUGCUGUUGGACACGAUUGUAGACAAAUGUUUGCAGAAGUGAUCGUAAAAAACUGUUUUACUUUGAUCAUCCGUUCAUUUCCGGUUCGUGUCCCUGUGUAUAUUAUGAGAAGAAGUGCCUAAAAGUGGUAAAUCUGUUUAGACUCCUUGAUUAUAACCUUGUUCUUGACUUUAUUCAGUGUUUUAAGUGUUUGUUACACGUUUGUACGCCUCAAUACAUGGUAAAUAAAGAAUUUUCUACAAUA